AUGUCUGGUAGAGGUAAAGGUGGAAAAGGUUUAGGAAAAGGUGGCGCAAAGCGUCACAGAAAGAUUCUAAGAGAUAACAUUCAGGGUAUUACCAAGCCUGCCAUCAGAAGAUUGGCAAGAAGAGGUGGUGUCAAGAGAAUCUCCGCUUUGAUUUACGAGGAAGUUAGAGCUGUUCUUAAAUCCUUCCUUGAAAACGUCAUCAGAGAUGCCGUUACUUACACUGAGCACGCCAAGAGAAAGACUGUUACUUCAUUGGAUGUUGUUUACGCUUUGAAGAGACAGGGAAGAACUCUUUACGGUUUUGGUGGUUGA